UCACAGCCGCAUGUCAAUCACCGCCGCUCAUGUGAUGCUGCUGCCAAUGACGUGGUACCCAUAUGGCCUGGCAUCAGAACGGGUACCGCAGUUUGGUGAAGGUGCCACUCUCCUCCUGUCGAUACAUUGAGCCGAUGAGAAGCUUUGCCCAGAGCCUUCAGAAAGCAGGGAAUCCCACAAGGAGGUCGCUCUGAACAAUGAGCUAAGGCUCGGCUGAGGGCUGCAGGCAGCAUGUUGACCCGGCUCUUCAGUGACUCCAGCCUCAUGCCCGAGGUUCACAAAUACCCCACGUGGGCGGAGGACAGUGAGAGCGAUGAAGAGAAGCUGAGAGAGGAACGCAAUAGCGAGAGCUGUGACCCCCAGGACAGUCAAGCUGAGGACUCAGUGAGUGUGGCCCAAGACAAUGAAGAGGCAGAAACCGGGAUGGAGGAGGAAGAUGAAGAUGAGGAAGAAGAAGAGGUGGAGGAGGAGGAGGAGAAUGGGAGCCGGCCUAGGAAGCGGGGCCCGAAAAGGAGGAAGAUGACCAAGGCCAGACUGGAGCGCUUCAAGCUGAGGCGCCAGAAAGCUAACACCAGGGAGAGGAACCGCAUGCACGACCUGAACUCUGCCCUGGACAAUCUCCGCAAAGUUGUUCCGUGCUACUCUAAAACACAAAAACUUUCCAAAAUAGAAACUCUGCGCCUGGCGAAGAACUACAUCUGGGCCCUUUCGGAGAUCCUGCGGUCAGGCAAGAAGCCCGAUUUGGUCUCCUAUGUGCAGACGCUGUGCAAAGGUCUAUCGCAACCCACCACAAACCUGGUGGCCGGCUGCUUACAGCUCAACUCCCGCAACUUCCUCAGCGACCAAGGCCCGGAGCCGGGCCGCCUCCAGCCGCCAACGUCCACAUUCGCCAUGCACCCAUACCCGUACCAGUGUGCCCGGCUACCAAGCCCGCAAUGCCAGGCUGGGGCGGGCACUAGCAACCACCCCCUGCGCUCCCACCCUUACUGCGGGGGCUAUGAGCAGCACCUGUACGGGAACGGCUCCCCUGAAUACCCGGGCUCCGAGUUGGACGGCUCCCUGAGCCCUUCUCUCUGCACUAACGGCGGCUCCUACCCCCUGAAGCCGGACUCUCCCCCAGAACACGAGAAGAAUUAUCACUAUACCAUGCACUAUUCGGCACUGCCCAGCUCCCGGGGGCCUGCCCAUGGACUGCUGCUCAGGCCCGGCCUACAUUCGGAUAACCUGACAGCCUAUGAUUCCCACAUUCACCACGACAGGACUGCGGUGUACGAGGAACUCAACGCGUUUUUCCACAAUUAAUUGCAGAUAGUUCCCGAUAACUCUGGCCAGCAAAGGGAUGUGACUGAAUGGCUUUGCUCCAGCGACAGAGUACAGACUCACCUGCAGAUAGAGACCGCCCUGAGCGAAGGAGAGACACUGACAGAGACACAAAACACAGUCAGAGACAGACACGAAAACACAGACACAGGCAGAGAGAGACAGCGACACAGACAGGCACAAACACAUACACAGAGACAGAGAGAGAGCGGAGCCUCAGUCCCGUGUGUUUCCAGAAGAUCCGAUGCGAUUAUUUUGAUUGUCGAUUGUCAGUCUGAGGUGGGAUGAUCGGUGUCUUCAUUGUGUCUGGGUGGAUGGGAUCUUCAUCUCUGCUCUCCUGGAAUAAGCUCGUUGUUGACUGUCCCACGGUUUCCGGUGUUCACAUUAAAGACUUGGUUAUGGCAAUGUGGCUGGAGACGGUGCGGCGGACAAUCGCCAGUGAAAAGCAAUAACGGAAAAUCUAUGCAAGUAAACAUUAAGGUCCUGUCGGGUGGAGCUGAGCCAGAACAGGCUUCAGGCCCGAAUGGCCUCCUCCUGUUCCUGUGUGAUUUGGACCAAUCAGCCUUUAGCACUGCCUCCUGAACUCGGUAACUGGUCUUUCAAGUCCAUUUCUUCCGAUAUUUCAUAAAAGUUCUAUUUAUUUUCUAGGAACUGCUACAAGAGUUUCUAUUUAUGAAAAGACUUUUGUUACAAAUUGUUUUGUUUUGUAAAAUGUUUGAAGAGAAAUCUCUGAUUAUGCAAAAGGGACAUUUAAAAAGUUUUCCGCAAAUUCCUGCUCAUUGUGACAGUUCGAAACAAAAUGAACUGUUUCCCACCGUCCCGCUUUCAUCCGAGAGAUUGUCGGCGAUCUUUCGUGGAUCUCCUUUUGAACAGGUCACAGUCCACGAGGGAUCCACAGGGAUCUGUCUCUUAUCGGGCCAACUGGUUAAACAGAUUGAAUGGGAAACGAAUGGGGCACAUCCUCCGCCCUCCGACCUCUGACCCCCGUUAGCCCAUAAAUUACUGCUCCACUUUUAAAAAACAUUUUCCUCUUCACCUCCGCCACCUUCAGUUCAAGGUCAUUCUCAGGAACAUAUUCCUGC